CCACGCCCUCCUGUCCUGCGGCCCCUAACACUUCUUGAGUUUGGGGAUUGUUGCGUGUGAUAACCAGACUCAGCAGACAUUUCCCUGCUCUGCCAGCUGUCAGUUUUUCCGCUCAUCACCGGGAAAAUGACGGCGUCUUCCGCGUCGCGCAAGGCACCUGCCCGCUGCCAGGAACGUCCCCUUCCUUCCCGGUGCUUCUUUGGAAUUAUUCUGGUGGCCCUGGUGUUCCUUCUGUUUACAUAUUCCGAUGCCUGUGAUCCACCACCAACAUUUGAAGCCAUGCAACUCAUUGGCAAACCUAAACCCUAUUAUGAGGUUGGAGAACAAGUAAAGUAUGAAUGUAAACCAGCAUAUUUUUAUAUUCCUCCUUUAGCCAUGUAUACUGUUUGUGAUCUGAAUCAUACAUGGCUACCUGUCACGGAUGACGGUUGUUUUAGAUUAACAUGUAGCGUUAUAAAAGAUCCUGCAAAUGGUAGAGCAGUCCCUGCAAAUGGAACUUGGGAGUGGGGUUAUCAGCUUCACUUUUCUUGUAAUGAGGGUUAUUACUUAAUUGGUAAACAAAUUCUAUACUGUGAGCUUAAAGGAUUACGUCCAAAAUGGAGUGAUAAACCCCCUCGAUGUGAAAAGAUUCUCUGUUCACCACCUGCAAAAAUAAAAAAUGGAAAAUAUACCUUUAGUGACAUAGAGAUAUUUGAAUAUCUUGAAGCAGUAACUUAUAGUUGUGAUCCUGCACCUGGACCAGAUGAAUAUUCACUUGUUGGAGAGAGCCUGCUUUAUUGUGCUGGCAGUGGGGUGUGGAGUAGUGCCCCUCCUGAAUGUAAAGUGGUCAAGUGUCCAUUUCCAGUACUCAAAAAUGGAAGACAGAUUUCAGGAUUUGGAAAAAAAUUUUCCUACAAAGCAAUGGUUAUGUUUGAAUGCAUCGAGGGUUUCUACCUUAAUGGCAGUGACACAGUUGUCUGUGAUGGUAACAGUACUUGGCAGCCUCCGAUUCCAGAGUGUCUUAAAGGUCCUAAGCCUACUCAUCCUACCAAGCCUCCAGUUUCAAAUUAUCCAGGAUAUCCCAAUCCCCGUGAAGGAUUUGACUUUGAUGAGUUCGAGGCAUUGAUCAUCGCUCUGAUUAUUCUUAUUAUAAUUGUUACGGUUGCAAUAACUGGUGUCUGCCUGUACAAAUAUCUUCAAAAGAGGAAGAAAAGGAAACCCGAGGGUAAAGUUGAAUACACUGCUUACCAUCACAAAGCAACCACUGCAGAAGCGCCACCGAAAUGAAUGAUUUCUACAGAAAAUGUUUUCCAAUUUAUCUUUUUAAUCUAUUAAACUCUUCAGAUCUACAAGUUAUUCUUUAGUUUGACUCUCAAGAAUGCAACUGUCAAGUCAUAUUGUUAACAUUUUAAUGUGGCUUGAACGUAGUCACUAUCCUUUGAUGCUUCUUUGAAAUGUGUAUGAAUUUGGAUAUGAACAUAUUGUCCGUUUUUCCCUUCAAAUAACACUUAUAUUUAUAGGGCAAGUCAAAAUAGUAUCCCUGGUGGGGAAAUGAUUUAUAAAAUCUGCAAAUGUAGAGAAAUACAGUUCAAAAUUAGAUUACAUUUCAUUUGUAAAGGAAGUUAUUUUGAAAUCUUUUUUGUUCAAAGAUUAAUGCCGGGGCUGGCUGGUUAGCUCAGUUGGUUGCAACAUGAUGUUAUAACACCAAGGUCAAGGGUUCCAAAUCCCGUACUGGCCAGCCACCAAAAAAUAAUAAUAAUAAUAAUAAUAAUGCCAACACUUGAGAUUUAUUUUUUCAACAGUUCUAAAUUGUAUUUUAUACAUUGUUCACUAUAAAAAGCUUUUACAAGUAUGUGUAUACUACUUUUGCUCUUAUCUAUUAAAAACAAGAACACUAAAAAUGGGGAAUGUGGACAAGGUUGAAUUCCUUAACUAAGAAUGUUGUUGGAAAGGGUAAAAUUCUAUUUUUAAGUUGUAACUUCUUUGGUGAUGUAGAGAAGCUAGAAAGCUUAUGUAUGGCAUUUGUUUUCACCUUUUUCUUUUUCUUUUUCUAACAUCAAUAAGCCAGUCUAAGAAAUCAGUAAGAUUUCAGAAUCGGUUGCAUACUUCCACAAAAAGUUAAGAGGACUCUGACAUCUAUAAUAAGAAUGCUGGUUCUUAGUACAAAUGAACAUUGUGGCCUUGUGGUUUUCUAAGGAGAAUUCCAUAGGCUGAGUAACCCACUCUAAAUUCUGGCCGUAGGUGGUUUUCUUUCCCCACUUAAAUAAAGGGAGGUCUUACAGAGAAUAAAUUCAUCAGAUAACUUCAAGGUGUGUCUGAAUCUUAGUCCUUUUACAUUGUCCUUGCUAGUAAGAAGCCUCUUAU